AUGACGAUACCCCCUUACAAUGACAGCCAUGUCAGUAUCGACAGAAAUGGCAUUGUUGAGAACAGGCACUUUGUCCACGCUGCCGUCGUGGACUCUACGGGACAGCUUCUCUUUAGCCUAGGGGAUCCAUCACGUUUUACUUUGCUGCGUUCAGCCGCGAAGCCUGCUCAAGCGUUGGCUGUCACAGAAACUGGUGCGCUUGAGAAGUUUGGUUUUGAUGACGCUGAUCUAGCCCUGAUGUGCGCCUCACAUAGCAGCGAGGAUCGUCAUAUUUCGCGGGCUCAGGGAAUGCUGGUGAAAUCGCAGCACACAGAAGACCAACUGCAGUGCGGUGGCCAUCCCGCUCUCAACCCGGCUGUAAACCGCGCAUGGAUAAAGCGUGAUUUCGGGCCCACAGGCGUCUACAACAACUGCUCUGGCAAACACGCAGGCAUGCUGGCGGGAGCUAGAGCUCUGGGCGCCUCAUCAGAUGACUACCACCUUUUGACGCAUCCAAUACAAGCAAGAGUCAGGAGAAUUGUAGAGGAAUUGUGCGGCUUAAGCGAAGAAGAAGUCAGCUGGGGGGUUGACGGAUGCAACAUGCCAGCACCGGCGCUUCCUCUCUCUCACCUUGCAAAGCUGUAUGCUUCAUUCGCCCAGGCCUCUGACCUGUUGGCAAGCGGCGAUAGCAUCGCUCCUAGAACGCAGCGCAUGGGGCGAAUAUUUAACGCAAUGUCCCAGAUGCCCGAAAUGGUUGGCGGCGAAGGUCGAUUUUGUACUCUUCUCAUGGAAGCUUUUCAUGGAUCGCUGAUUGGCAAAGUUGGCGCAGACGGCUGUUACGGCGUGGGAAUGCGCGAAUCUGAGAUAUCGCGCAACCUGGGAGCUGUUGGUGCUGUGGGCAUCGCGGUAAAGAUUGAAGACGGCAAUUUGGACAUUCUUUAUGCCGCAGUUGCUGAAAUUCUGGAGCGGCUGAAGAUUUGCAAUCAAGCAAGCAAAGAAAGUCUAUAUGCAUAUCACCAUCCUGAAAUUAAAAACACAAAAGGCAUUGUCACAGGUACUACGAAGUUUCACUUUAGCUUUCGGUCGACCGGCUAG